UCUCUCUCUCUCUCUCUCUCUCUCCCAACUUCAAGUUCUUUCCUUUAAUUUUGUUUGUGUGACAAUUCUAAUCAUCCAUAAAUAUGAGGGCAUAUGCUGAACAAAAAAAGUUCGAACAAGAGAAAAGAUUCCUCAGUUUGAACAAAAGGUACAAUUUUUUUGCUCAAAAUUUUGUGAUCAAAUAUUUGGUAUUUUUUUUUUCACGUUUAGCCAAUUGAUGAUUUAUCUUAGGUUAUAAUCUUUUUUAUCGCUCUUGAUUUGGCGGGUUAUUAUAUGUUUCAAGAAGUUUGGUCCCGUAAUUUCGUCAACUAGACGUAAUUCUCUUAUUAUGUUUUGUGUUUAGAUGCUUAAAAUUGUCCAAUUCUAUUGGCUUGAAAUAUUGCCAUGGUCCGUUGGAGUGGUUGUGGCGGUUGCUGCAAAGACCGCCAUUCAGUUCCAUUGCAAUGUCGCGACAAUUUUGAAGUAGAAUUUUAAAAAAUUAUCAAAUGGUAAUUACAAUACAAUAUUGUACGUCGACAAUUGCUAUGUUACUCCCGAAAAUCAAAAUAAUAUACAAACCGCAUUAGCCGUAAUUUUGUAGCUAGUUUGAAGUCCGAUACGGUGUAAGGUCCAACUAUUUAUCCCAUAGUUCGCUUUAUGGUGGAUUCGUCCUUAACGCGGAGAAUAUUCCGAACACACAAUAUUCCUCGCCCUACACAAUUCCAUCUCUUGUAUAAAACAUGCUUUGAGAAUUAUUAGAGAUAUAAAUGCUAAAUGUUUUGUUUCAUAACAUUUUUCAUGUUUAAAUAAUUAAAUUCGCUGAGAGGUGGAAAUAACAAUUUUUUCACGUGUCAAAAUUGAUACUUGUAUAGAAAAUCAUAUGUUCCGUCUCCAUUUAAUAUUUCUGCCGUUUCAUAGUAAAUACACAGCGGUGAAUCUUAAUUGGUAAAAAUAAAAUGUGGGUUCAUUGAUGUUUUACCUGUCCCCAACAAGAUUGUCUGUAACUUUAUUGUUUUAUUUUUUGAAUUAUAAAAUCAAGAUGAUGACGUCACCACUUCUAGGGACAAUAUAUUUUCUGUUAUUUUCUUGUUUCAGGUGAAAUAUUAAUUUACAGUUGAGAAACAAGGAGUUGCUGAACAACAUGGCGCAGAACAAGAAACUGAAUUUGAACCAACCAAUCCUGUCAGUCAGAAGACAGAACUACUCGCAGAAUAAUUACGACGAAACGAAAACCGACAAAGCUGUCUCGGUUAUACGGCCUCGGCUUCCUCUUCACCGACCCGAACCUAAAUCCGGCCCCGUCAAGAAUCCCGGAACCGUCCCUUUCCACUGGGAACAAACGCCCGGAAAACCGAAGCCGCAGUGUGAGAACUUCGAAAUCUCCGAGAAAUCUAAAGAUGAGAGCAAGAGUAGCUCUGAUAAUUCUUCGGGAUACUGCGAUGAAUCAUUCGUAUUUGUAGAUGCAAUAUCGAGAACUCGAACGAAAGAUGCCUCCGGAAGAUUCUCUUCCGAUCGAAAAAAGAAAACAACAGCAUUUAGAGGAGUAGUGAAUAAUAGAGAUGAAUUAGAAGGUGGAGAUUUUCUCCGAGAUUGUGGUUUAGUGCCUCGAUUUUGCUUUAAGAGUUCGAUCUGCGUCUUGAAUCCGAUUCCCGCGAUGAGUAUUCGGGCAAGAGCAAUAUUUUCUUCUUGUAGUAAUGGGAUACAAUCUUCAGCUAGCUCUUCUACUCAUCACUCUGAAAAUGAGAAGUACGAGGUGAAACCGGUUGGCGAUUUCCGAAGAAAUAAUAAGGCUCGUUCGAAAAACGAGAUUGCGGUAAUAUAUUGUGGAAAAUACUCUUUGUCGUUUCUUGAAGAGAAAAAAGAUCUUUAUGUUAAGGGAUUCGAAUCGCAAAAGAAGGGAUCGAAAACCUUUGAGGAAUUACUGCAGGCUGAUCGAGACAGUCAAAAGGAGUUCGAUUUAUUAGUAGGUGGUAAUUCUAUUGUCGAGAAAACUGUCUAUGUUGAUAGCGAAUAUAAGGUGGAUAAUAAUAAUAAUAUUCUUGAUUCAAUUGAAGAAGAGGAAGAAGAAGAUAAUGAGAUUAGUACUAAGAGAAUGGAUCCAAUGCACGCAGCGUAUUCAUCUCGUAAAGAUUUCAAGAAGUCGAACACUUUAGAUGGCGAAUUUGAUGAACGGACUCGCGAAUCACGUUGCAUCAAAAAGGUAUACUCGACCGAUAAAUCAAAUACAAAAUGGGGUACGGAAAUUACACCUAUGGUUUUCGGAGAAAAUAAAGGUGCAAACGUAGAUUCAACAACCACUAGAAAAAAUAUAAAAGUGGCUGAAAAUGAAGCCACUAAUAAUAUUGGAAAGUACUCGGAUUUUCCGGUACCUCCGCCUCUGCUUAAAUCUCCAUCGGACUCUUGGCUUGGCCGUACUUUGCCGUCAAUGUCAACAAGGAAUGGUUCGUUUAAGGCACGUAGAGGUGAUAUUAAGUCGGAAAAUGUCCUUAAAUCUACACAGGUGAAGCGUCACAAUCUUCGUUAUUCUGAGGUAUGUUUUUUUUUUUUUUUUUUAAUUUGUUGCUUCCAAUUAUCGAAAUGUUUCCACUAAUGUAUAUAUAUUUAUGUAUAUCCAUCAGGAAAUAUUGACCACUAUACCAGAAACUUGAGAUCGAAAAGCCGUUUUCACAAGUAAAGUGGCUCAUGCACGAUUAUCGACAACUCGAGCUGCGUUGCCUUAUUUUUAGUUGAGGAAAAAAUGAGUUAAUAACAAGUUUUUUGAUAUCAACGUAUGAGUUAGAUAUCACUCCAGGUUGAUACUAAUUUAGAUGCACAACAUUUUAGUUUCUCUUUUGUCCCCAUAUGAUAGUAUUUGAAUAAUAUGUGUUGUGAACAAAUGCAGCAUUUUAGUUGUAAUUUUUUUUUUUUUCCAAGAGUAUUUGAAUAAGUUGUCUUGAGAUAUGGAUUUUACAUGCAAUAAUAUUCCCUGAAGUUUAAAUUGUAUUGGA